AUGUUAUACACAGUCUCCAGUCGUGAUACUCAAGAAGAAGAGGUGGACGAAAGCACCAAGUCAGAUGAGAAGCAGGCGCUUGUAUGUUACGCGGAAUGGAUCAAGCCAACAGCAAUGCUUGUUCUGAUAGGUGAUAACAUCUACGCCCCAACAAUUCUGUUUGCUAUCAAUAACAGUGAAGCUUGCAAAGAGAUCCAAGCGUAUCAUUCAACUAUAUGCAACCCAGCUUCAAUCCCGACCAGCCCAGGGAUCUUUAAAUCGGCCAAGAACGAUAUUCCCACGCAGCCAAAUCUACCUUCGUCUUCUCUCAACAAUGAAAUCGAGUCCAUCACGGACCACUUUAUAGACUUGACAAAGAAACACGACAAAUUGUCAGACAUUUCGGAAGACGACGAAACUACACCACUCAUCACACUAUUUGGUACGAUAAUCGAAUGCGAAAGAUUUCUGGCAUCUGUCAAGCAAAAUGCUGUCGCUUACCGGGAUUCGACAGCAGAGCUCCGCGCCAAGCUGCGGGUUGCCGAGACGGAAUCGAAAGAAUUGGCAGCAGCGUUUACUGGGAAACAAUGUAUCUCAAAAAAGAUAUCAGAGUACGUGAUGAUGAGAUUGCGAGAUUGA